AUGUUCACAAGAGUAAGACCAUUAGCUAGAAGUCUAUCAAUUCAAAUACCCAAAACAACAUUAAUAAAACCAUUAUCAAAUAAAGCUCAUGGUACUACUACAGGACAAAGUCAAUCAUUAUCAUUCGAACAAGAAUAUAAUAUUAGAUCUUCAUUAGAAAAACUUAUAACUGAUUAUUCCCAAAAAAAAAUCCCAAAAUUAACAUUGGAUUCCCUUAUAAACAUUUCCAAAAAGGAUAUAUCAACAAAUGCAAUAGCAACAAUAAAUUAUUUAACUAUAUUUAAUACCAAAAGAUUACAAGCUUUUAGAGAAUUACCUUAUCUUGUUGUUUUAAAUCCACAUAUUUCUGAAACUUAUGAAUUAUAUUUAAAAUCUUUAAGAAUUUUAUUAGAAUUAGAUCCUUAUCAUAAUGAUUUUAAUAAGAUUCAUAAUUCUUUAUUGGAAUAUUCUGAAAUUCAUAAAAAUGCUAUACCAUCAUUAUCAAAAGGUUUUACAGAAGUUUCCACAUUCUUCCCUAAAGAAUCAAUUGUUCAGUUCCUGAAUAAACAUUUUUAUGAUAAGAUUAAUAUGGAAACUAUAACAAAUAAUUAUAUUAAUUUAAUAAAUAAACCUGAAGAUCAUUUAGGUGUUUUGAAUAAAAAGAUUAAAAUUUCAGAUUUAGUUAAAUUAUAUGCUGGCUUGGUUAAUGAUAUGGCUUUCAUAAAAUAUUAUAAGACAGUUCCAAUUCAAUUUGAUUUUGGUGAAGAUGUUGAAUUCCCAUAUAUUGGAAUUCAUCUUGAAUAUAUUUUUACAGAAAUUUUAAAAAAUUCAAUAAGAGCAAAUAUAGAAUCUGGUAAUGGAGAUAAACCAAUCAAAAUAACCAUUGUUAAAAACUCUCUUGGUGCAGGUCGUUAUUCAUUAGGUAUAAGAUUUCGUGAUGAUGGUGGUGGUAUAUCACCAGAAGUUGAAUCAAAUGUAUUUGAUUAUAGUUUUACCACAGUGGAUAAACAUGAACAAGAUGUUGGAAUGGGUAAUAAUGUUAUGCCUGGUGAAAAUGUUGAAAAUAUUGCCGGGAUGGGGUAUGGAUUACCUUUAACUAAAGCUUAUGUUGAAUUAUUUGAUGGGAAUUUAGAAUUACAAAGUAUCUAUGGAUUAGGUACUGAUGUUUAUAUUGAAUUGAUUAGUCCUGAUACUUCUUUAUUAUAA